GUGGGAGAAGCUUCUGCUCGCGGCAACACUGCAUUUUAUGUCAUAUGUCAUGUCGCGAAACUUUGAUAGAUCUCGGAUAAAAAUAAGGUUGUGGUUCAAGUCUAUAGCCUAUUGUUGAAGGCCUAAACCUAAACAGGGAAGUCCAAGGCCUAUUGUGACAAAAAAUGAAUUAUCUUUAAAAAAAAUUAACAAAUAGACUCGUAGUCGUAGUUCGAAAAUUUAGUUAAAACAAAAUAUAAAAUGCGUUUUAGAGAAGGAUAUCCAUAAAAAAACGUUUUGGGGAUAUGCCGUACAAUGAGCAGUGGUAGUAGCCAAAUAUGGCGUCGUCGAAGUGGUACCGCAUGGAUAAGAGCCGGGCUAGUGAUCUUCAUCCUAGUCUUCAUAUGGCUACAGCUGAACUUUCUGAGUUUUGCUGGCUCCUCCCAGCAGUAUUCAGAACUGAACGAUAGUAACGCGGCGAUUCUGAGUAUGGUGCCAGCAGUACUGCACAAAUUUCUAUCUCCAAGACCAAAAAACUUUACUAUUACUUUCGCUAACGGCACUUACACAAACUUCUUUUAUGUGAAUACUCCAAAUAUAUCUGAAAUGAAACGCAACAUAGCACAAUACAAUAGGCAACAAAUUGUUCACAACGAAAAUAUUUUUGAACCUCUCCAGAACGAUUCCAUAGUUAUCGUUGUCCAAAUUCACGACAGAAUCACCUAUUUACGCCAUCUUAUUGUCAGCUUAGCACAGGCACCAGGUAUUUCUCAAACACUUCUUGUUUUUUCUCAUGACUAUUAUGAUGAGGAAAUGAACAGUCUAGUCCAAAGCAUUGAUUUUUGCAAAGUGAUACAAAUAUUUUAUCCGUAUUCUAUUCAAACUCAUCCCAAUGAAUUCCCAGGCGAAGAUCCAGGAGACUGUCCCAGGGAUAUGAAAAAAGACCAAGCUUUAUUAAAAAAAUGCAAUAAUGCGCUCUAUCCCGACGUAUACGGUCACUAUCGUGAAGCAAAAUUUACACAAACAAAGCACCAUUGGUGGUGGAAAGCGAACAGGGUUUUUAACCAACUAGAAGUAACCAGAAAUCACACAGGUCUCGUAGUGUUGCUGGAAGAGGACCAUUAUGUGGCUGAAGAUUUCAUCCACAUGUUAAGAUUAAUGGAAAGAACGUAUAAGGAAUCCUGUAGACAUUGCAAUGUUUUAUCUCUGGGAACAUAUUUAAAGACAUAUAAUUAUUAUGCAGAUUCUAAAAAGGUGGAAAUUUCUCCUUGGAUAAGUAGUAAACACAAUAUGGGAAUGGCUUUCAACAGAUCAACAUGGAUGCAAAUCGUAGAGUGUGCAGCGUAUUUUUGUAAAUAUGAUGAUUACAACUGGGAUUGGUCACUGCAACACGUUUCCCAAAAUUGUUUAAGGCAAAAGUUGCAUACCAUGGUAGCCAGGGCUCCUAGGGUAUUUCAUAUUGGUGAAUGUGGUGUCCAUCAUAAGAAAAACAACUGUAAGUCCACAUCGAUGAUAUCUAAGGUCCAACAAGUUCUUAAAACAGCAAAAAGACAUUUGUAUCCAGAUUACUUGAUAUUAACUUAUUCAACCGUUUUGAAAAAAACUAAACUACGUAAGGGAAAUGGGGGAUGGGGGGAUAGACGAGACCAUAAGCUGUGUAUUGGUAUGACUAUAGGAGGAUAGAUGUUUUAUUUUUGUUAUGACUUAGUUAAUAAGUGUUAAAUAAUUUAUUGUUAUUUUAUUUUAUAUUUGUAUUUAUUCGUAUCGAAUUUUUGGAUAUUAUACUACUGUUUUUGUUGUCAGUAACCCAGUGUAUACUAAGAUGUUUGUACUUGUGUAAAAUAUAC